GCCAUUGGAUUAAAAAUAGCAUCUUCCCUCCCCCUGCCCUCCCUCGGGCCCGGCUCCCGCCGCCGCCCUGCCCCGGGCCCGGCUGCCCGCCGCCUCCAUCGCCCGCGCAGAGCGGCUCGGCAGGGAGGGCGGGCGGCCGGGAGGGGAGCAGGGAGGGCAGGGAGGGAAGGAGGAUGCAGCGGGCCGCGCUCUUCCGCGGCGGCGAUGCGCAGAUGGCCGCCGGGGACCUGGGCGAGCUGCUCGUCCCCUACAUGCCCACGAUCCGAGUGCCCAAGUCAGGGGACCGGGUCUACAAGACGGAAUGUGCCUUCUCCUACGACUCGCCCGAUUCAGAAGGAGGUCUCUACGUGUGCAUGAACACGUUUCUGGGAUUUGGAAGGGAACACAUCGAGCGGCAUUACCGGAAAACAGGACAGUGUGUCUACCUGCACCUGAAACGACACGUGAGAGAGAAGGUACCAGGAGCAUCUGGUGGAGCCUUACCAAAAAGGAGGAAUGCUAAGCUAUUUUUAGAUCUGGAGAUAAGCAGUGAUCUCAACAGUGAUGACUUUGAAUAUGAGGAUGAAGCAAAACUUGUUAUCUUUCCUGAUCACUAUGAAAUCUCAUUACCCAACAUAGAAGAGCUACCAGCACUGGUGACGAUAGCUUGUGAUGCACUGCUCAGUGCAAAAUCACCCUACAGGAAGCAGGAACCUGACUCCUGGGAAGAAGAGCUGCAGGCAUCUAAACAUGCUAAAACACUUGUACAGUUGGACAAUGGUGUUAGAAUUCCCCCCAGUGGUUGGAAGUGCUCCAGGUGUGACCUGCGGGAGAACCUGUGGCUGAACCUGAGCGACGGCUCCGUGCUCUGCGGGAAGUGGUUCUUCGACGGCAGCGGGGGCAACGGGCACGCCAUGGAGCACUACAGGGAGACAGGCUAUCCCCUGGCAGUGAAGCUGGGAACCAUCACUCCUGAUGGAGCAGAUGUCUAUUCCUUUGAUGAAGAGGAGCCGGUUUUAGAUCCACAUAUAGCAAAACAUUUGGCACACUUUGGAAUUGAUAUGCUGCAGAUGCAAGUGACAGAGAAUGGGCUAAGAGAUAAUGACAUAAAGCCAAGAGUCUCGGAAUGGGAAGUGAUUCAGGAAGCUGGUGUGAAACUGAAGCCCAUGUACGGCCCAGGAUACACUGGCAUGAAGAACCUGGGAAAUAGCUGCUACCUCAAUGCUGUCAUGCAAGCCAUUUUCAGCAUCCCAGAGUUCCAGCGAGCGUAUGUGGGAAACCUUCCACGAAUAUUUGACUACUCCCCUCUUGAUCCAACACAAGAUUUCAAUACUCAGAUGGCUAAACUGGGACACGGCCUCCUUUCAGGCCAAUACUCUAAGCCACCCAUGAAAUCUGAGCUCAUUGAGCAGGUGAUGAAAGAAGAACACAAGCCUCAACACAAUGGAAUAUCUCCUCGAAUGUUCAAGGCUUUUAUAAGUAAAGGCCACCCAGAAUUUUCCUCUAAUAGACAACAAGACGCACAGGAAUUUUUCCUACAUCUUAUAAAUCUAGUAGAGAGGAACCCUGUGGGUUCAGAGAACCCCAGCGAUGUUUUCCGGUUCCUGGUGGAGGAGCGCACGCAGUGCUGCCAGUCCAGGAAGGUGCGCUACACGGAGAGGGUGGACUACAUCAUGCAGCUCCCUGUGGCCAUGGAGGCAGCAACAAACAAAGAUGAAUUAAUUGCCUAUGAAUUGAAGAGGCGAGAAGCAGAAGCUGCAAGGAGACCUCUGCCAGAGCUGGUCCGUGCCAAGAUCCCAUUUAGUGCUUGUCUGCAGGCCUUUUCUGAACCAAGCAAUGUAGAGGAUUUCUGGAGCAGUGCCCUCCAAGCAAAAUCUGCAGGAGUUAAGACUUCCCGUUUUGCUUCCUUUCCUGAGUACUUAGUGGUGCAGAUAAAGAAAUUCACCUUUGGCCUUGACUGGAUACCCAAAAAGCUUGAUGUUUCUAUUGACAUGCCAGAUUUCCUGGAUAUCAGUCACCUUCGGGCCAGGGGGCUCCAGCCAGGAGAAGAGGAACUCCCAGACAUUGCUCCUCCCAUUGUCAUUCCUGAUGACCCAAAAGAUCACAUGACGAACCAUUUCAUGGAGUCCCUAGAUAUUGAUGAGUCUUCAGUUAUGCAGCUGGCAGAGAUGGGCUUUCCUUUGGAAGCGUGUCGGAAAGCUGUGUACUAUACAGGCAACCUGGGUGCUGAAGUUGCUUUCAACUGGAUCAUUGCACACAUGGAAGAACCAGACUUCGCUGAGCCAUUGGUCAUACCUGCAUUUGGAGAAGUAGCUUCCAGUGGGGCAGCUGCUUUAGGAGCUGUAGGGUUAGAUAACCAGCCUCCUGAAGAGAUGGUUGCAAUUAUCAUUUCCAUGGGAUUCCAAAGGAAUCUGGCGAUUCAGGCGCUGAAGGCAACAAACAAUAACUUGGAGCGUGCACUGGAGUGGAUCUUCAGCCACCCUGACCCUGAUGAAGAAAGUGACCCUGCUUUGGACACGAUGGAUAUGGAGAACAAUGCUAAUGCCAAUAUCCUUGCAGAGACAGGGUCAGAGGGACCCAGGAUCAAAGAUGGCCCUGGAAGGUAUGAGCUGUUCGGGUUCAUCAGCCAUAUGGGAACAUCCACAAUGAGUGGCCACUACGUUUGUCACCUCAGAAAGGAAGGAAGAUGGGUGAUCUACAACGACCUUAGAGUCUGUGCCUCAGAACGACCUCCCAAAGACCUGGGCUACAUUUAUUUUUACCACAGGAUACCAAGUUAGGCCUCAAAUCUAUCACCUGGCCUUAAGAAGCCAUAAGCCUUUUUAACCUGCCCAAAAAAAGCAUACAAUAAAAAUCUAAAACCAACAAAAGACCCCUUAACCCUUGGACUGCCAAAAAGCAAAGGAAACCAUGGGAUGUUUAUAGUGUAUUUAAAAACAAUCAUUUGAUGCCGCCUUAAGUGUUAGACAGAAGAUUUCUAUUAGGUGCUGUAUAGGACAUUGUUUUAAAUUUAUACACCUUACAGGCCAUGUGGAUUUCUGGUGGAGUUUGCAGCUAGUGUGUGGAGAAUAUGGAAGCUUCAGUGUUGAGCAAAAGCGGUUCAGCCCAGCUCCUGCCUGUCCUGUCCAUGCAUCCUUUGAAGACCAUAAACAAAUAUUUGUGUCUUUGGUGACUGGGAGCCUGUGUUUUCAUCCAGAGUCCAGAUCAUGUAGAGAAAUCAUUUGCAGGGAGGGGGUUUGUGGCUGUUCUUCAAAGCAGAAUGUCCUUUUUCAGAGAUUAUUUUCAGUGCAGUGAGAAAAGUCAGCUGAAGUUGUAUCUGUUGGAAUUCAGUGGUGCAGUAUCUUCAUUUGACUUUUCCAGGCUAAAGCCUAAGAGACUAAUGGAGACAGGAGCACUCUCCUGUCGGUGCCCUCUACAUUUUUUGCCAAAGAGAAAUUUUAUUUUUGCAGACAUCGGUUUCUUCAUCUUCACUUGAAUGUUCAUUUUGUAGGUUCUACCAACAGAUUCAGGAUUACAGAUGGCUAAAAGCAGCAGACUUUCUGACUAUGAACUUAAAUGCACACCCUCAGGAAAGGCAAAGAUGUUAUUUAAACUUUGUUUUGUAAUGGAGGAGGUAAAGAGGAGUUUAAUGUCCCAUUAUAUUUAUGUCAGGGAAAUUUGUAUCUAGACCACUCAUAUUCCAUCUGAAAUCAACUCCCUGACAAAGUACUUGCAGUGCAAUCCUGCUUUCUGCUAAAGAUUACUUAAAUAUUGACUUUCAUAUCUCAGUGGGGGAAAUUGCUUAGUAAGUUUUCUGAUUUAUUGAUUUACUCCUCUCUUCCUCUGUUAAAAUUCAAACUAAAACAACAACAACCAACAAGAAAAAAAACCACAAUAAAAACCCCCUUGAAUUGAUAUUUUUAUUUUCUUUAAACUUGCAAAUGCACCAAUAAUCUGAUCUCUUCAACAGACACCUUCUAAAAGGGAUUUGAUAUCUCUAGCAGGGAUGAUGGGGUGGGUAGGCAGGGGCUGGCCUAUCCUGUCUUUUUUUUUUUUUUUUUUUUAGUGUUAUUUAAGUGUUUUUCACAGGUGAGAAUACAUAUGUGGGAUUUAAAGUUAUAUUUGAAAACACUCAUUCUAGAGAAAUUACAAUGGUGAGUGCAAAACCUUUCAUGAUUCCAAAAAAAGAACAAACCCGAAGGUUCACAGUGUUGGACACUGCUUAGAGGCUGUUGUUGGAUUUGCCUUGUACAAUGUUACCAAGCCCUCAAAAUAAAUUGCAGCAGUCAAAAAAAAUUUUUUUUUUGCAGAGUGCAGGAGAGCCAGAGAGGUGUCAUUGCAUUUUCUCUGCAGUUAGUGCCUGCAAGUUUUAAUAGCAAAAUUCAGGCAGCUACACACUACAGAGGAGUACCAAAUUUAAACAUCUGUUUAUGAGAAGGGAAUUUUAGUUUUUGCAUUGUCUGGGGAAAAAUAAUUCUCCGUCUGCUCAUAAAGCCUCACACAGAGCCAAAAAAUGCUGUUGGUAUUUUAAUCAGGUUUUGAUCUUAAAAGAUUGUGAGAGAAACUCCAGUGCAAUAAUUUUGUAGAGUGUAAAGGUGUCUAAUUUCUGGGAGAGCUCCCUGCACUUAGAGCUCUUUUGGACACAUUAGUGCAGUGUCCUGGCACAUCAAUGAGUGGCCCCUGUGAGAUUCAGCUGCCUUGUGCUUAUUGAGCCACCAGUUCUGGAUGAAAUAAAAGCUGCCAGUAAUUUCUUUGCUUCUUCCAGAUUUUGGAUAUUUGAGGACUUCACCAGAAAGUGACAGGUUUGAAAACGGGAUCAGCAAAUUAUGCAGUGAUACAUCUUCUAUUUAAAGUGAAAGAGCAAAAUUUCUGUAUAUCUGUGUGUUUCUUCAUUCUGGCAGUAGAAAAAGAGAAAAGGCCUUUUCCCCCCACUUCCUUUAAUUUUUAAUUCUUUUUUUUUUUAAAUUCCCAUGUAUAUUCAAAAGAAGUUCAACACAACAGCUUCCCUCUUGCCUCAUGAACUUAAAGGGCUAUUUAGAAACCACCAAGAUCUGGUGAUUGCUGCCUUUUUAUUUAGAAAUGUUGGGUAAAUAAAGGCCAGUUGAGUAACUCCCAUGUCCAUUUCCCAGCUGGAAGCAUGGCUGGUCUUUGUAGGAUCAAGGAUGGAGCUGGAAUCUUGCGAACUAAUGUGGUGCAUCCCAGAGCUGUGAUGGCUGUGGAGCUGCCUGGUCUUAGGAGGCACACUUGGAGGGUGACAAACUGGAAAUGAUGGUUGGAAGGGGAGGGCCCUUGGCUGGAUGUGGUAAGUGAAUUGGAGCAGCUCAGGUCCUGGAGUUCUUUUCAGUUCAUCACUUUUGUGUUUUGCCUGCCCACACCAAAGUUAGUCAGGAGUGCAGGGAGCAGUUUAGGGGAAAGGAUUGCAGGUUUUCUAAAAUUUAGCAGUUAAAAAUAUGUUAGAAGUUCUUCAGUCAGGUGCUUGAGGAAUUACUUUAUUCUCUCCAAAAACAGUGGCCUCCUUCCUUUUUUCAAGUGUCUGGUUAAGUUGUCUCCCUUUUGUGAUGGGUUUUGUGUGAAGAACAUCAUGAACCUGGAGGAGCAGGAUGUAAACUCCUCAGCCUAAUGAGGGGGAGAGGAGUUUUGGUAGGUUUUGGGUUUUUUAAACUCCAGCAUUGCAGAAGCCCCACUCAAACAGGCUGAACUGAAGAGAUGACUGAUCUGCCAGGCUGUGCCUGCUGCAAUCUGAAUGUGCUGAAUGGUGCCAGGGCACAGCCUGGGCACACUCCCUGUGUCUGGGUGCUGGAGGAGCUGCUGGGGCUCCCUGAGCUGGGAGCUUCUUGACAAAAAAGAAUGGAGGAAGAAAAAUCACUGUGAGCUGUUUGAGACAAUCUGACCUGAGAAUCACGUCAAGCCAGGACCUGGCAGUAAAUAAUGCUCUUAUUUCUCAGACUUAUUUUUACUUUUUUGUAUGAUACAUUUAGGUUAGGAGAUAGGAAGGAAGAAAAACUCAAUAAGUUUUCCUUGAUUUCUUCUUCUCCUCUCACUCCUAGCAGCAUGCUGGAUCCGUAGACUCCUCAUUCUGAGUCACAAUCUCCUGUCUCCAAAACACAUGUAGACACAAACUCCUAUUUAAACUUCCUAGCUAAAAUAUAAUUAGGACAAAAAUUGAUUUAUUCAGACCUGUAGUUUUAAAAUAAGUGUAGAUGUUUCUGAACUCCCAAUCACUUAUAACUCUACUGGGUUCAGUGCCAUUACCUCUGACUGACUUUGGUGUAAGUGAAACCAACAUCAGCCCAGUUCUUUGAUUCAGACAGCCUCCACCAGGUCACAGAACACAUUCAGAAGGUGGAUGCAUCCAGAGCUCAUUUAGAAACCUCUCCAACUGAUUCCUUUUGUUCUCCAUCCUGGCAUCAGCAAUUUUUAUCCUCUGCUGUUCUCAUGCAUUGGAAGUCUAUGCAAAAUAUGUAACUGGAUAUUUUAUUGUUUUCCCUGUCGCCCUUCCUACCCUAAUGGCUGAGAUUGGUGUCUGAUUUCUACUCAGUCGUCAGUGGUUUUACUGUUGUAUCCUGGAAGUGUCUGUCCUGGUUUACUUUGCACCAUUCAGACUUGUUUGCUUGAAGCACUGUUAACUUUCUGGAGAGUUUUUGUCUGAGAUGAGAAAGGCUGUGAAUGACGUUGUUGCAACCGUUUUAAAUUAAAAAGAAAUAUUCUCACAUCUGG